AUGUCUUCCCUGUCGGAUGAAUUCUUUCUGAUUCGUGAGUGGGAGCAGUUCUGGGUCGAUAUUCAGCCAUUUCUUCUGCAACGAGGGUACCGACUACGACCAAGAUACGACCCGAACUGGAAGCCAUCAUGGCUGCAGGUCAAGCCUGGUAAGGACCCUAAUCCCUUGCUGUACGAAGACAGUCUAUUUUCAAAGGGAGACAUUUUGAUCGACGCAAUUAGAAUGGAGGACGGUCAGAAGGUUGUUCUCAAGAAAGUAGAAACAGCGACGCAAGAGAUUCCAUUUGCCACGACGUUUUCCUCAAAAGAGUGGAAGAAGGAUCCCAGGAACUGCUGUGUUCCGAUAUUGGACGUCAUCAUGAUCCCAUGCGACGAUGACCAUGCUUUCAUCGGACUCGAAUUUUUGCAUGACGGAAACAUAGCUCACGGAGAUAUCUGCUGGGGCAACAUAAUGAUGGACCCUUCAAAGGUCAUCCCUAAAGGAACCCAUUUUGUACUGUGGAACUCUCAUACAGGGAAACCAUUCAAGAAGUUUGAAUGGAAGACACGAUGGUCUGUGAAGCCUGUUCAAUACUACAUCAUUGACUUUGGAAUUUCUAUGAAAUGCCUGGACAAAGAUGCUCUAGGCUUGGGGCAAUGGGGUCAAGACAAGACUGUACCAGAAAUGCUGAAGAACGAAUGGUGCAAUCUUCUUAUGGUUGACAUUUACCAGUUGGGAAAUGUGUUCAAACAAUGCCUCUCGACUUACCAAGGCCUCUAUGCCUUUGCUGAACUAGCUGAUAUGAUGACAAAGGAGAAUCCAAACGAACGGCCCACUGCUGCGGAGUCUGUCCGCAUGUGCAAGAAGAUCAUCGCUGACGCGACAGGAACGGAUAAUAUGACCAAUCGCGUAUGGAAGAUCAAAAGGCUACUCGAUGGAAAGUUAGGUUCUGGCUUAAUGCUUACAACACUUGAGAGGAUGCAAGUCAGAUGUGGAUGGAAUCCUACAGUUUGA